AUGACUUCCACGAGUGAAAGCAAUGAUAAAAUAUCAACAACAAAGCCCAAUCCCACAGAUGAUGAAGACGUCACAUUUUUUUUCUUUUACGAUAUUGUUAAGCAAUUAAUUUUAAAACGAAAUGAUAUCGGAGAUGCUAGCGUAUUAUCAAACUGGUUGAAAGUGUUAGAACAGAAUACAAAUAAAACUGUUCGAAAUGAAUACAUAAAACUUAUGACGUUGGCAUUGCAAUAUCCGGAUCCAAUCUGUCCAUUUAAAGACCCUCCUCCUGCGACAAUAGAUCCUUUAGAAAAUGGAGUGAUCGAAAUGGCGAGGAAAUUCAUAAAGAAAGAAGGAACUGCAACGUGCAUCGGGGAUAAUGAAUACGAUUUCGAGGAGACUUAUCCAACAAUUAGCACAGCAAUGUCCAACAACAAAUGCCAAUAUGCUGCGUAUCAAAUUUUACCGAAUACGGGUGUUCAAUGUUAUUAUGCCUUUUCAGACGAACCAAUGUAUAAUUGGUCGUUGUCAUCAAAAAUAAAAGUCCCUAAUAGUGGCCCACAUGCCACGGAUAUUGAAUGGGAAAGAGCACUAGCGGGUAUUAAAUUAAAAUUGGUCACGACGAGCACAGACAAUUUAAAAAUGCCGAACGUCCGAGAAAAUGUCACCGUUAAAGAUGACGUAAGCGAAGUCAAAAUAUCAGUUUCUGGCAAAAGCAGGAUUUCAAGGAAAAAAUCAGAUACAUUGAAAAAAAGCGAGGACGCUCUAGAUGCAUGCAAUGUAAUGAACAUAGAACAACAAAACCGAAAUGUGUCCGAAGUAUUCGUGUGGAAUGAUGCUAGUCUAUUAACUGGAGAGAUGAGACUUGGCGCAGAGGAGUGUUCUGAUCGAAAAGUUUAUGCUCAAGUAAAGACACAAGCGGAACUCGACAAAAUAGCAUUUAAUGCCUAUGAUAAGCUUUAUCCUGGUGAUUUCACGAUAGACGUAGUGCAGUCUGUUAUCAACGGUAUAAUUCCAAUGGAAACAAACGUUGUUACCGAAGCGGACGACCAAAAAGAAGAACGACAACCACAACCACAACAACCACACAUACGACGGUCGGCACAGUACGGCGGCGGUGCGAUGAAAGAUCAACGCUCGUGCUGUGUGCCGAAACCGUGUACGAUCCGACAGAGAGCCGGCCACGGGAACGUGAAACCGUACGAAGAACGGCUGACUGCUAUAAACGAGCUAAGACCGAUUCGUCGACUGUCCGCAGAUUUCCUCGCCGGAAACCGCGACCGCCGUCGAGAGAGUCGCGACGCGGACGCCGAUCCUCCGGCGAAUCGUCCGACCCCGACCGACGGCUGCCGAGUCGCGUUUUCCGGACGCCUUCGCGGUCGCGGUGGCGACGAAGAGUUCGCGGGCGGCGGCGUUCGCCGUUCAAGAGGUCAGAACUGCGGAGCGUUUCCAAAACCGCCGACGGCGAGUUUUUCGAAGAACGACCCGACAAAGCGCGUCGGCGGCUCGGCGUCGCAGCUGUACUACGAGAGGUCCGCGAAGAGUCGCGCCGGCGGCAAGUCGGACGACCGAUCGCCGUCGGACGCGUAG